AUGGUCUACGUUAAAAUCUCAGUCGUCAUUACACGCGACAUCGAGUGCGAUUGCACUACCAGAUACAACGGACUCAGCCACGAAACCGUCUUCCAACGCCGCUUCAACCCCGAAACCAACGAGUUAUACGUCGACAAUCCGGCCGACAUUCUCGGUGCACUAGGCUGCUGCGGCGCUCUCAAACUUAAAUCUCGCAAUGCAGAAGGCGAAGUGACGAUUGAUGAGGGAUCGCAUGUAGUUGCUAUCGACAGCGCAUGUAGUGCCAGCGGGAAGGAACCUGUUCGAGCUGCAUAUGGGGUUUAUGUGGGUGAUACGACACCUCGGAGUGUUUCUAACCUUCUCGAUGAGGAUCUUCCGCAGACUACUCAAGUAGCUGAGUUAGUUGCUGUGCGUGUGGUUUUGAGGAUGGCCGAGCAGGUUCUGGAUGCUUUUAUCGCGCGAGGAGGAAGUGAUGAAGAUGAUAAAGACGCAGCGAGAAUUUCUAAGAUCCUCAUUAUUACCAAUUCGGCAUAUGUGGUCGAUGGGUUCGCGGAUUGGAUCUACAAGUGGAAGGAAAACGGGUUUAAGACUUCGACUGGAAAGCCGGUUGUUAAUGCAGAGAUAUUCCGAGAGUUGGAUACUUUGAUUGCGAAGUUCAACCAGUUUCAUAUCCCGGUUUGGUUUUGGCAGAUCAAGAAAGAAUUUAAUACUUCGGCGGAUGCGUUGGCGAGAAUGCCGAUUUAUGGAGAGCAGAAGGUUCCGGCUUUGGUUCCAUUUGUUAGGGAUUUUAAGAAGUUUCCAAAGAGGUGUUGA